UGAUGAGUUUUUUAAUACUUGAAAAUAAUUAAAAAGCAUUAUCUUUCCAUCAUCCUAUAAAAGAGUGAUUCAUUCUUAAGGUGUGUUUCCCUAGGUUUGUAACCUUUUUGCAAAAGCACAUUGUAAUCAGAGGCUUCCUGUCUACCUCUCUCAGCUAAUUUUAUAAAAUCAAGAUGUGCUUCCUAAAUAUUUGCCUUAGCUACAAACACAAGCUAUCUUCAGAACCAAAGCAACGGAGGGUUUGUUUGCGGGAGCCUUCUUGGAGGCCUGUAUUACAAGCUCGGUGCCAGUGCCCACUGGUAGAUAAGACCCUGUGUCUCCUGGUAGCAAGUAGCAGUGAAGGCAAUAGUCAGUGCCAGUCCUGGAUAUACUUUAAAGCAGUGAAUACUGGUAUUAGAGUAUUCAGCUUUAAAGAUGUCUUUUGUGGUAUUGGGUGGUUUCUUUAGGAAUGUCAUGAGUACACACUUUUUGCCAACAGAUAGUAAUUAUACAGAACUCCCAAACAUUUGGACCUAUCUGUUCACUUUGAAGUAAAAAAUAUAACAGGUUAGGAUUUACUUUAGAAAACCAGUUUAAAAUCUUGUCAUUGGUUACUAAAUACCUUGCCUUAAGAUGAUUCAAGAAAGCAUAUUUUCUUAGAAUUUUAAUUCUGAUUUUAUUUGCAUUAUAUAAGCCGCUGCCUAUAUAAUGCAUGGGUGGAACAUGAUUUGUUGGUUGGAUGACUUAAGGCUCCUGCAUUGUGGAGAUGGUUUAUUUUGAUAACUUCUCGGAAAGAGAAAAGUCUCUGGUUUGGGAUCUUUGAGAUGAGACAGUCUUGCUCUAUAACAAGGAAAAGGGCUGACUGUAAUCCAUUCUCCUGCCUCACUCAUGCCUGGAUUAAAUCUUACAUAAGCAAAAAAGGACUUCAAACUUAGACUUAACUAAGGACCUUUGACUUUGUAUCUCUAGACUCAGCAGUUCUGCCCCCUCAGGACCCUUUCCUAGGAGGCAGUAGGAUCCACUCAGCAAGCUGUCACAGGGGAAGAGGCUGCAAAGCCCACACUAGGAGACCAGGAGUUGAGAUUGGGUUUAAUUCUGUGCCUGUUGGUUUAAGGUAGGUGAGUUGAAACAUUUGUACUGACAGAUGUACAUGACAGAGUUGAAACAUCUGUACUGGCAGAGUACAUUCCUAUUUUUUUCCUCAGUAUUUACUGUUGAGACGAGGGUAUGCAAGCACAGCUAUAGUACAGGCCACCAGACGGAGGGCAGCUUUGGCCUAGACAGAAGCCAAGUCAGAUAGAUGCUCAUUUUAAACUUCUUAGUCGGGGAUCUUGAUACUACAUGCUCUCUAAGUAUGUUCCAUUAUUUCAGUUUUUGAAGUGUGCCUGGCCAGCUCUUUGCUUUGUGAAUCCCUUUUUCUGGUUUAUAAUUCACCAUCUCUCCUACCUGGCAUAUUUCUUGAGGUGUGCUUCAUAGGUGGGAGCAGUACUGUUUGUAUAGAGCUGACUUCAUCCUUCAUUGCAAUUCAGUAAUCUCAAGUCAAUCCUGUAAACUCUGUAGUUUCUUUUGUUUCCAAGUUUGGAGAGGAAGCCUCACUUAAAAUCCUUCAGCUGACAAGUCAGUUUAGUAGUUUGUGUAACUCGCUCCGCCUGGUAUUGAGUGGCUUCUCUUGAUUAGGAAAACUGCCCUGGAGUACCAUUUUGUUAUGAACAGUUUGAAUUUGAACAUUCAAAACCCUUGUGGAUAAUUGAAUGAAACAAGAAAAUGUGUAUAUUGGCAUGAAUUAGCCAUUGAAUUUCAGCUUCUCAUUACAUAAGGAAUUAUUAAUAAAGUUUGUUUAUUGACAACCAAA